UGAGACUUUAACAAUGUUGUAAUCUUUGACUUUCUUUAUCAGAGGAUAUUAACAGGAAGGACAGAUAAGUGACUAUUUUUCUGCUUCGGUCAGAGCAUCAUGUGAUGCCAUGCCCGUAGCAGCUUUGCAACCAAGCAGGCUGGCCUUAGGACACUUUCUUAAAGAGCAUGUUCUCCUUCUGAACUUCCUUCUUUUUAACAGCAGUCAGGCUACAUGGUUCACUGUAACUGUGCUAAAACCCCCUCAUUUCGUUGUGAAAUCACUCGUUCACUUGGGAAGGAGUUUGUGAACAUGGUGACAGUCGGCAUGUUAUCGGUUCUCCUCUUUGUUUCAGGUGCUUUGGCAGACUGUACAAAACAAGCAGCAGUCUCCAUAACUGCAUCAAAGAAGCUGGAAGCACUGAGUGGAUCUUGUUUGCAAAUCCCAUGUAGCUUCAGACCCAAAGACGAACAGACAUUUAUCAGCACAAGAAAAACCUUUGGAGUGUGGAUUAAAAAUCAAUCCCAAUUUGGCAGUAAUCGAAACAAUGUGAUCUUCAACAGUAGUGGAGCAGUUAGCAUCUAUCCAAUGAGUAUUACUGGGAACCUGAGUCAGAGUGACUGCACCACUCUGUUUUCUAAUUUAACCACAAACUACACAGACACAUACUUCUUCAGAGUAGAGAGAGAAACAUUCAAGGUGACAGCUUCUUGUGAUCCUCUUCAAAUAACAGUCAGAGAUUCUCCUUGGAGGCCCAAUAUUACAAUCCCAGGUGAUCUGAAGGAGAAGGAGUCUGUCACUAUAACCUGCUCAGCUCUCACUCCCUGUCCACACUCCCCUCCUCAACUCACCUGGAAUCUCCAACAAGACUCUCACAACAAAAUAGAGGAAAACACAGAUGGAAGCUUUACAACUAAAAUCCAGCAGAACAUCACUCUGUCAGACACACAUGAUGGAAAGAAGAUCAGCUGCUCUGCCAGAUAUCCUGUGAACCAAGGAAAAGACACCAAGACAGCAGAGACAGAAGAGACUCUCAGUGUUUCAUAUGCUCCUAAAGACACCUCAGCAUCCAUCAGUCCAUCAGGUUUGGUGUCAGCAGGCAGCUGGGUGAAGCUGACCUGCUCCAGCAGAGCCAAACCUCCAGUCAGCAACUUCACCUGGUUCAAGAAGAGCAGAGAUGGAGCUGUGAAAGUAUCUGAAGGAGAGAUUUACAGCUUCAAUGUAACAGAUGGAGGAGUUUAUUACUGUGUGGCCACUAAUGAUCUGGGUAAUCAGACAUCAGCAGAGAUUCAUCUUAAUAUUUCAGGAACUGAUACGUGGUGGGCUGCUGUUGGAGGGAUCCUUGGGAUCAUCACACUUAUUUGUUUGGUUUUCAUCAUUUGGCGGCUCAAGUCAGUCAAACAUGGAGCUUCCGAUCAGACACAGAGUCUGUCUCUCCAAGAAGCAGCCAGAACAGCAGAAAAUGAAGACAUCCAUUAUGGACAGAUUGACUUCUCCAAGCAGAGACCCGGACCUUCUUUAGACCGAUUGCAGGAGAGCACACAGCAGCAGGAUUUGGUGUAUUCACAGGUCAAAGUGUGCAAGACUCAAAGCAGAGACAGGCCAUCACAGACAGCUGAUGGCCCAGAGUGUGUCUACGCUCAAGUGCAGAAGAAAUGAGUGUGGAAGUGUCUGUUGGUGAAAAAGCACUUCCAUACAAUAUUUCUUUUAAAAAGGUACUUUGAAGUGAAGUUUGAUUAGCUGUUUAUCUCCAGUAAAAUAUUUAUUAUUA